AUGCUCAAGACCCUGACGGGUUAUAUCGAUGCCUUCAACACCAACACACCAGAGGGUACCAUAGCCUACCGCAGCGCUGGCUGUCAACACCGCGCCAUUCCAGCAUCCCCGAUGAUGCCUGUGCGUAAUAAUGAGGAAUACAAGGCGUUUAUGGCUCCAGCCUUUGCAAUAAUGAAGAAUUUCCAGCUCAAGCUGGUGGAGGGCAUGGACCCCAUCAUCGACGAGGAGGCCCGUACGGGUGUACUUCAUCUGAAGUCGACGGCAGAGACACCUCUCGGAAAUUACAAAAAUCAGUACAUCUUCACCUUUAGACUGAACUCAGACGGCACCGAGAUUGAUGAGAUCAUCGAGUGGGUUGACCUAGUUGUUCUUAACGACUUCAUGCCUAAGCUCCUUGCAUAUGCCAAGGAACACGCAGACCAAGCAGCGCAGUGA